AUUUCUUGUUGAUUGCAGGAUCAAAUCAACUAGCACGCUCACGAACCUAAAAGGCAAGAUUUUGGACCUGCAUUGGAGUUAAGCAGAUCUCCCAGGCCUCGUGUUUUUACAUCAACACAUGGCUAGAGCGUGCAAGGACCGAGGAGGGGUGGCAUGUCUACUUCUUAUCGACGUCGACCAAUAUAUGGCGCCGUAAGCCGGUGCGCCUCGCCCCUGAUCACGAGCUCCAUGACUGCUUCUGGGAGGUGUCGUCGAUACUAUCCUACCGAGGUAGGUUCUGGUGGGUGGACCUACGUCGCGGUUUGCUAUCCUGUUCCUACGAUUCUCUCUUGCUAGAAGACGACGAUCCGCUAGACCUCGAUUUCACACUGCUCCCGAACGUCGCCAUGGAGGAGGCCAAGAAGGGCCAUCUAUCCGAGUAUCCGCUGAACCGAGACCGGUGCGUUGGUGUCAGCAGCAACGGCCUUAGGUAUGUCAAGGUGCGCGCACACAGGCAACAGCACUGCCCGAGCAAAUCGCCGGUAGCACCCCCGCCUCUCUGCGACGAUUGUCGGGCCGGCCCUGUCACGUCCUCGGUCCUGUACGACCACAGCGGUGCAUGGGCAGAGGAGCGCAUGCUCAAGCUUGCAGAUGUCUGGAGGGACGAGAGCUACCGAUCCACGGGUCUACCGAAGGAGGUGGUGGAGUUCCCUCUCAUUGACCCGUUCGAUGGUAACAUCGUCUACUUCUGUAUCAAUGAAGGCAAAGAUGGCGACGGCCGCGAGUUCUGCGUCCAUCUAGGGACCAAGCAGAUCAAGGCCUACAGCAGCAGCUACAAGGGCUUGAACAACGGAGCCUUGGAGCCUUGUUCACAGCGAGUUUGA